UUCGAGCUGUCUCACAUUCCUCCUCCCCAAUUCUUGUGCUCAGAGGUCGCCUGCCUGACUGAGCUGCAUACAUCGACGAAGGCGACAUUAUUGACGACCGAAUCCACCACCGCUAAUGCGAGUUUUGUGUGUGGCGGAGAAGCCGUCGAUCGCGAAGGCAAUCACUCAGAUCCUGUCAGGAGGACAAUUCACCACGCGACAAACAGCCAAUAAAUACAUCAAGAACUAUGACUUCAGCUACCCCCAAACGAACUCGUUCUUUACUGUCACAGCGGUCUCUGGACAUUUGUUGGAAUACGAAUUCGAUCCAUUAUACUCGAAAUGGUCCGACUGUGACCCAUUUGACCUGUUUGAGGCGCAUAUAUACGCAUCGGUGACCAAAGACAUGAAACCCGUCUCAGAGAACCUCACGAAGGAAGCUAGACGUGCACAAACACUGAUGAUAUGGACCGACUGUGACCGGGAGGGGGAGAAUAUCGGCGCCGAGAUUGUUAGCAUAUGUCGAAAAUCUCAGCGCAACAUUACAGUCAAUCGAGCCCGAUUCAGUGCUAUCAUACCGCAACAGAUCCACCGCGCCGCUCAACAUCCAGUGCAACUAGAUAUGGCACAAGCGAACGCCGUGGAAGCAAGAAUACAUCUCGAUCUCAGAAUUGGUGCAGCUUUCACGCGUUUGCAAACCCUUAAAUUGCAGCACAGAUUCGAGGACUUAAAGGCCAAAGUAGUCUCAUAUGGACCAUGUCAGUUCCCGACGCUUGGUUUUGUCGUGUCGCGAUACAAUCAAAUCAAGUCUUUCGUCCCGGAAGAGUUCUGGUACAUAUUCAUGUCUUUCGCACGUGAAUCACCCAACGGAAAUGAGGACGAGACAAUAUUCUCAUGGAGAAGAGGACAUCUGUUCGAGUUCAACAUUGCUUUCAUUUUGUAUGAAAUGGUUUUGGAGUCCCCGCGCGCCCGCGUUACGAAGGUCGUUAGCAAGGACACGAAAAAAUGGAAGCCUCUGCCAUUGACGACUGUCGAGCUGCAGAAGGCAGGGUCCAGGCUACUCAGAAUGUCUCCAAAGACGAUACUCGACAUCGCAGAGCGUCUCUAUCAGCAAGGAUUUCUUUCCUAUCCUCGUACGGAGACUGACCGAUUCGACCCUCAGUUUGACUUCAUGUACUUAAUAGACAAGCAGAUGGUCGACCCAGCGUGGGGUGCCUUUGCGACAAGGCUUCAGAAUGGCGGUUUCAGCAGACCGCGCCAGGGCAAGAGGGACGAUAAGGCGCAUCCGCCGAUUCAUCCCACAGCACACGCUGGCAACCUCGCUGGGGACGAGAAGAGGGUCUACGAAUUUAUCACCAGGCGGUUCUUGGCCUGCUGUUCCAAAGACGCAGUAGGCUGGGAAACCACAGUGGACGUGGAGUACGGCGGAGAGGAGUUCUAUGCAACCGGUCUGACGGUGCGAGAAAGGAACUAUCUGGAAGUUUAUCCGUACGACAAGUGGUCCGACAAGGAGCUUCCCCAAUUCCAACAGGGCGAAGAGUUCGUCCCUACUGUUUGCGAACUCAAGACCGGUCAGACAACGAAGCCUGCUCUGCUCACCGAAGCUGACCUAGUCAGCAUGAUGGACAAGAAUGGUAUCGGCACGGAUGCUACUAUUGCCCAACAUAUACAGACUAUCAUAGAUCGCGAGUAUGUUAUCGAACGCAUGCACGGCUCUACAAAGUAUCUUGUACCCUCGACGCUUGGCAUCGGGCUCGUGGAGGGCUAUGAUGCAAUCGGAUUUGAGAGAAGCAUGAGCAGGCCUCAGCUUCGACGAGAGACGGAACGUCGUAUGAUGGAGAUAUGUGAAGGCACACGCACGAAAGCUGAUAUGCUCACUGAGAGCAUCGAGCAGUACAAAGAGAUGUUCAUGAAGACGAAGCUCGAAAUCAACAAACUGCUCACUUGCGUUGGCGACCGUCUGCGGAACAAUGUGCAGGAUGUCGAAUCGGAUGAUACAGACGCUGCAGGCGGUGGCGGAGCAGGAAGAGGCGGUAGAGGUGGCGGAGGUGGUAGAGGCGGGAGGGGUGGCAGAGGCGGGAGGGGUGCAAGGGGUGCAGGAGGACGCAGAGGCAGCAGGGGUGGUAGGGGCAGGGGAGCUGGCGCUGGGAGGGGUGUUGCGGACAACGACAGCAGUGAUGACGAAUGGAACGAAGGGGGAGCUCCUCGGGGAAGGGGUAUCAGAAGAGCGGCUGGUCCUUCAAGAAGCGCACCUUCUCGCCGUGGACGAGGUGGGCGAGGGACGGCUAUAAUUCCGCCACCGCCACGACCAGAGAAUGAUGACUCAGAUGAUUACUGGGAUGAGCCUGCUCCAGCCCGAGCUCCUCUCGCUUCCGCGAGGCAAAACAACGUCGGGCCACCUGUACCUCGCUCUGCCAUUGUGCCUCAAUGCGAUUGUGGGGAACCUGCGGUACUGCUCACAGUAUCGAAGGAGACAGCAAAUAAGGGAAGACAAUUCUGGAGAUGUGACAACAAUGAUGGAUGUAGCUUUUUCGAGUGGGCGGAUGGAUUAUCUAGCGGACUGUCGGCCGGAUAUUCUGCUGUUGCGAACGGCGGACUGGCUGUUCCGACUGUGGUACCCACAAAGCGAUCGAUAAGCAAUCAGAACGGAGAACGUCGGCGCUGCGCGUGUGGAUAUACGGCAAAGCUGAGAGAAACAACGAAGGGCGCGAACAUAGGCAAGAAAUACUGGGGCUGCCCUAAUGAAUCUAUCAAGGCUCGGUGUGGAUACUUCGUGAUGGCCGACGAGACAAGUGGUCUGGACGCCGAUCAAGAGAGGGGAGCAUAUUUGAGUAAUCGCGGUUCGACCCAAGGCGGUGCCGUCUCUGGAGAAUGCUACAAGUGUCAUCAAGAGGGUCACUGGGCAAGUGCUUGUCCGAAUGGUGAGCUCGAACCCUCAAAACGAAGCAAGAGCAAUGUGACAGCUUCUGCUGCGAUGGGUGCCUGUUUCAAGUGCGGCCAAGAAGGCCAUUUCGCGAGUGCCUGUCCUGGCAGUGCCAGUGCUCAAAGUAGCAAUAUGGAGGGCAUCCGAUGCUAUAAAUGUAACGAAGAAGGACAUUACAGCAGCGCAUGUCCAGGCACUGGCAGAAAGACUUCCGCGACAAGGGGUUCAAAGAGAGGACGAGGUGCCCGACGCAACAGUGGAGGUAUUACACGGACCAACAGUAGAAGAGGACGAAAGAAGUCGUCGGGCAUUGCUGCAGCAGAUGACUUCUGAUGAUUUUGUGUACUCCUUGACAUCGUCUUGCAAGUUAUCAUCUCGACCACAUACUAUAGCGGAUGUUUUUCUCAGUUUGAAAAGCGAGGAGCAU